CAGAAAUGACCAGAGCUUGCAGGACCCGAGCCGGAGCUGACACUUGUACGACACCUGGACAAGAAACCUAAAGGAAGGACUCAGGAGCUCGGAAGGAGGAAGGUCUCCGGAAAGCCAGCCCCUCGGCUAACUGCGUGCACAGAAGGUUUUGAGAGCUCUCCAGCACAUCUCCCAGAAGUUGACUAGAGGAGAGCCUGUGUGGACCAGUCCUUAUCAUGGAACCGGACGACUUUGAUCCUGAAGACAAAGAGAUACUGAGCUGGGAUAUUAACGACAUGAAGCUGCCGCAGAACGUGAAGAAGACUGACUGGUUCCAGGAGUGGCCCGACUCGUACGUGAAACACAUCUACAGCUCGGAGGACAGGAACGCGCAGCGCCACCUGAGCAGCUGGGCCAUGCGCAACACCAACAACCACAACUCGCGCAUCCUCAAGAAGUCUUGCCUGGGCGUGGUCGUGUGCAGCCGGGACUGUUCGACCGAGGAAGGCCGCAAGAUCUACCUGAGGCCCGCCAUCUGCGACAAAGCCAGGCAGAAGCAGCAGAGGAAGUGCUGUCCCAACUGCAAUGGGCCGCUGAAGCUCAUUCCCUGCCGAGGCCAUGGAGGCUUCCCGGUCACCAACUUCUGGAGGCACGACGGGCGCUUCAUAUUUUUCCAGUCAAAAGGAGAGCAUGACCAUCCCAAGCCAGAAACCAAGCUAGAAGCAGAGGCAAGAAGAGCAAUGAAGAAAGUGCACAUGGCGUCUGCCUCCAGCUCCUUACGGAUGAAGGGGAAUCCAGAAACAAAGGCUCUUCCAGGUGAAAUACCGAGUCAGGGGAGUUUACCUUUAACUUGGUCAUUCCAGGAAGGCGUCCAACUGCCCAGCAGUUACAGCGCACCUUUAAUAGCUAACGCCCCCCAGCAGAACUCCCUGAAUGAUUGUCUAUCCUUCCCCAAGAGUUACGAUUUGGGGGGAACCACUGAGCUGGAAGAUCCGGCUUCCACCCUGGACUCCGCUAAGCUCUACGAGAAAUGCAAAUUCCCCAGCAGCAGGAUGUACGGCGGCGGCGAAGAGCAGUUUCAGCCUCCUGUCCCUGGGAUGUAUGCAGAUUAUGACGAUCUGCAGGCCUGGAAUAAGAACGCUGCCCUGGGGAGGAAUCCUAACGAUGACGCCUACUACCCCAGCUAUCCUGCUCUGCCAGUGACCAACUGGCCCUGUGACUUCUUUCCCUCCCAGAAUGCUUUGGAGCACUUCCCCCAGCAGAUUCCCCUGGAACCACCUGCGGCCCAGGCCGGCUUCCAUCCCUUGUGGUCCAAUCCCGGUGGCGAACCCUACGAAGAGAAAGUACCCAUGGAUUUCAACAGCUACAUGCCUUCCCUCACGUACCACUCACCACAGCAGGACCCCUUUCUGCUCCCCUACGGCUCGCAUCCACAGCAGCAAUACUCACUGCCCGGAAAGUGGGAUUUCGAUGAAGAGAUGGUACACAUGGGCUUGGAGCACUUCAACAAUGAAAUGCUUCUCAACUUCUGUCCUUUGAGGUGACUCAAAUACGCCCUCCCCUAAUUGUGAUUCAUUAAAGGGCUGGAAGGAUUUCCUCAGAAAAUGGGUUUCAAAACACGGCCUCAGAGAAAUGUUGGAGUCCUGACAAGCUGUAGACAAAGCUCCCCCCCCCCAAAAAAAAGCUGUCUUUUCUAGUGUGUUUAUCCUUAGUAAGGAAUAGAAAGUCACUUGUGCCAGGCCUGGUGUCACAUGCCUUUCAUCCAGCACUCAGGAGGCAGAGGCAGUUGGAUUUCUGUGAGUUCAAGGUCAGGUUAGUCUACAUAGUGAAUUCUAGGACAGCCAGGGCUACACAGAGAAACCCUGUCUCAAUAUCUGUCCCAUCCCACCCCCCAAAAGAAGAAAGAAAAAAAGGUUGUUGCUGUUGUUGUUGUUUUUUAAAGCUCACUUGCA